GUAUAAUAAUACUAAAUGCAGUCACAAAUAAAAUUAGUUAAAAUGGGUCUUCUUGAUGAACAGCAUUCAAAAACUUUGUUAAACUCACGGGAUGCAAUUGAGAAAGUAGUUGUUCACCCUCUGGUAUUGCUAAGUGUUGUUGAUCAUUUUAACAGAAUGGCUAAAGUUGGUAAUCAGAAACGAGUAGUUGGUGUGUUAUUAGGUUCUAUCAGAAAUAAAGUUCUUGAUAUUGCUAAUAGUUUUGCAGUGCCUUUUGAUGAAGAUGAAAAAGAUCAAAGUGUUUGGUUUUUAGACCACGAUUAUUUGGAGCUUAUGGCUUCUAUGUUUAAAAAAGUAAAUGCUAAAGAAAGAAUUAUAGGAUGGUAUCACACUGGACCAAAGCUGCAUUCAAAUGACAUUCGUAUUAAUGAGCUUAUAAGAAGAUUUAAUACAAAUUCAGUAUUAGUGAUAAUUGAUGCAAAACCAAAAGCAUUAGGUUUACCAACUGAAGCAUACAUUGCUGUUGAAGAAGUACACGAUGAUGGGACACCAACAUCUAAAACUUUUGAACAUAUUCCAAGUGAAAUAGGAGCAGAAGAAGCAGAGGAAGUUGGAGUGGAGCACUUAUUAAGAGAUAUUCGAAAUAUGACUGUUGGAACUUUAUCUCAACAAGUUACUAAUCAAUUAAACUCAUUGAAGGGUCUACACGCACAUUUGCAAGAUAUCUUUUUAUAUUUAGAACAAGUCAUUAGCGGAAAGCUACCUCCGAAUCAUACAAUCAUGUAUCAACUACAAGAUAUUUUUAAUUUACUUCCUAAUUUAAAUGUAGGAAAUUUUAUUAAAUCAGCAACUGUUAAAACCAAUGAUCAAAUGGUUGUUAUCUACUUAGCUUCAGUGAUACGUUCUGUUAUUGCGCUUCAUAAUCUUAUUAACAACAAACUGCAGAAUAAAGAACAAGAAAAAGAAAAAGAAGAAACAAAAGGAAAAUCAAAAAAAGAUACUGAUGUUAAAUCUAGCAAUGAUAAAAUCAAAUCUAAAAAGACUUAAUGCCCUAAAAUAAUUUUAGUGGUUUCUUGUAGUUCUGUCAUUGGUUUAUUAAAUUCUUACUUAUGCCUUUA